GGACGGAUAAGAGUCACAAUCAGAUUAUUUGCUUGUCCGGCUGAAAACCAACUGGGGAAAAAAAGACCGCUUACCGAUCCAACAAUGAACACCCUGAAGUUUCUCCACGUGUUGCUGCUGGCAGUAACAGUUCAUUCUUAAGGCUUGAUGUUCCAGCCUCUGGACUGUGCUGAUAUCUACAACGACGGAUCCAAGGCCAGCGGCGUCUACAGGAUCUACCCUGCUGGACCCAACUCUCCUCGCUACGUCUACUGUGAUAUGGAUACCGACGGAGGGAAAUGGACCGUGUUCCAGAGGAGGAUGGAUGGAACAGUGAACUUCUACAGAGGAUGGGACCAGUACAAGAACGGCUUUGGACAUGCAGCAGGAGAGUACUGGCUGGGUCUGGACACCAUCUACCUCCUGACCCUGAAAAAGACGUACGAGUUGAGGGUGGACAUGGAGGACUUCGACGGACAGAGAGCAUACGCUUUCUACGCCUCCUUCGCCAUCUCUCCCGAAGUCACAGAUCCUGAACUGGACGGCUACAAACUUCAGGUUACUGGCUUUAAAGAUGGAGGAGCAGGGGACUCUCUCACCCAUCACAGCGGUAUGAAGUUCCCCACCUUCGACAGAGACCAGGACGCCCACGAGACCAACUGCGCAGUCAGCGCAGUCGGAGGUUAUUGGUUCAACGACUGUUACCUCUCAAACCCAAACGGUCUUUAUACGUGGGGACUGAACUCACAGAUGGGGGUCAACUGGAGGGGAUGGAAGACCUUCUACUCUGUGAAAGUCAUAUCCAUGAAGAUUAGACCUGUGAAGUUCCUUAACAAAAUCCUGUAGUUAAAAAUGGUUCUUUAAAAUGCUAGAUUGGAAGACUUUUUGCAUGUUUUCAUUUUUUUUUGGACUCUAUACACAGUGUAACAUGUCGUAUAAAACUUUUUUUUUUUAAACUCUCCUGUGAAAAUGUUCCUUUUCAAAGCUCAUUAUUCUGUUAAACCCAAAUCAUGUUGUUGCCUCGUCCAAUAUACUGGUAUUUGUGGCUGGGUCUGUUGUGGUGCCCAUAUUACCUCCACAUCGGCAGUCAUGGGUCAAGACCACAGUAACAUUCUGCUGAGUCAACUUCAUCUCCUAUAAUGAACUCUGGACAUGGUGGAUAAACCCACCUGACUACACACCAAUCAAUCAGGUCCCUAACGGCCCGGUCCUUGGUAGAACCCAUACUGACUGACUACACACCAAUCAAUCAGGUCCUAACGGCCCGGUCCUUGGUAGAACCCACCUGACUACACACUAAUCAAUCAGGUCCUAACGGCCCGGUCCUUGGUAGAACCCAUACUGACUGCACACCAAUCAAUCAGGUCCCUAACGGCCCGGUCCUUGGUAGAACCCAUACUGACUGACUACACACCAAUCAAUCAGGUCCUAACGGCCCGGUCCUUGGUAGAACCCAUACUGACUACACACCAAUCAAUCAGGUCCUAACGGCCCGGUCCUUGGUAGAACCCAUACUGACUACACACCAAUCAAUCAGGUCCUAACGGCCCGGUCCUUGGUAGAACCCACCUGACUACACACUAAUCAAUCAGGUCCCUAACGGCCCGGUCCUUGGUAGAACCCAUACUGACUGACUACACAUCAAUCAAUCAGGUCCUAACGGCCCGGUCCUUGGUAGAACCCAUACUGACUACACACCAAUCAAUCAGGUCCUAACGGCCCGGUCCUUGGUAGAACCCAUACUGACUGACUACACAUCAAUCAAUCAGGUCCCUAACGGCCCGGUCCUUGGUAGAACCCAUACUGACUACACACCAAUCAAUCAGGUCCUAACGGCCCGGUCCUUGGUAGAACCCAUACUGACUACACACCAAUCAAUCAGGUCCCUAACGGCCCGGUCCUUGCUAGAACCCAUACUUCCUACCCUUUAAUUGUAUAAAAUGUCUAUGGAUAUAUAUGCUAUGCUUAUCUGUUACUUGGCAAAACAAGGUCAUCAAAUCUCAUUUAUUUAUAUAGCCCUUCUUACAUCAGCUGAUAUCUCAAAUGUGCUGACAUGUCAUCUAAGAAUAUAUGGUUUUGUUUACAUUCUCAUAUCCAUAAUCAAUAUGUAAAGGACAGACAAGGAAGUGAAGUGUUUACACUGGAAAUUGGUCAUGUGACAAUAAACAACAUGUGAAAACAU